UCCAUGUCCACUGCUUUUAAAGUCCUGGAGAGAGCAGUGCAUCUACAGACCUGCAGGAUGGCAGACAGCAAGGUGCUGGUUCUGGCCGCGCUGGCCGGAGCGGCGGGCGUCGGUUUGGCCGCGGCGUUUUACCGUGGCUUCAGGUCGAGGAGGAGAGGCUCGUGGCCGCGCGGCGCCGACGCACCGGGCGCCGUGUCGGCGGACGACCCCGGGCCGCCCAGGGGUCAGGCCGAGGUGCUGCGGUGCCUCGAGGCCUUGAUCCGCUGCGUGUCCGAGCUGAAGGACGAGAUGAGGUCGCUGAAGAGCGCCCUGCCGACGCUGCAGGACCAGGUCCGGCUGGAGCUGAGGGGGCGCCACGAGGCGCGGCCCCACUGCAGGACCACGCCGACGCGAAGGAAGAGGGCGGCGGGCGCCGGGGCCGGAGCCGGGGGGCGGAGCUCCGAGGAGGCCGAGAGCGAGGGAGGGUACAUGACCGCCCUCACGGACUCUGAGGAAGAGGAGCCCAGCGAUGAGGAACAGGUGGACGAGUUGUGCGUCCUCCUGGAGAGCAUCGACAGCCUGCGCCAGGGCCCCGAGUCCGACAAGAGGCGGAGUCUGGAGCUCCUCCUGCAGCGCAGAGAGGAGUUUGGACAGAAAUCAUCAUUUCUCUGGCGGCUGACCCGGGCUUACUGUGAUCUCCACGACAUCAGCUCCACUCUGGAGGAGAAGAAGACGCACGCGGAAACUGGGAAGAAGAUGGGCGCGGAGGCCGUGAGCCUCAACCCCACGUGUGCCGACAGCCACCUGUGGUACGCCAUCUUGUGCGGCCUGAUGGCCGAGUACGACACGCUGCAGAACAAGAUCAAGUACGGCUACAUCUUCAAGGAUCAUCUGGAUAAAGCCAUCCAGCUGAAGCCUCUUGACCCGUUGUCCUACUACCUGAUGGGCCGCUGGUGUUACGCCGUGGCUCAGUUGUCGUGGAUCGAGAGGAAAGUCGCCGCCACUUUGUUCGGAGAGCCUCCGAGUGCGAAGGUGGAGGACGCCCUGAGGAACUUCUUAAAGGUGGAGGAGAUCCAGCCGGGAUACUCCAAACACAACUAUGUGUUUCUCGCUAAGUGCUACAAAGACCUGGGGAGGAGGGCCGAGGCCCGGGAGAUGUGUAGGACCGCCUCCUCAAUGAACACCGUGACCAAGGAGGUGAGGGAGGGAGGGAGGGCCGAGGCCCGGGAGAUGUGUAGGACCGCCUCCUCAAUGAACACCGUGACCAAGGAGGGGAGGGAGGGAGGGAGGGAGGGCCGAGGCCCGGGAGAUGUGUAG